AUGGGCUUUCCAUUUGAUAUCGAAGGGUGCUGCAGCCUCUCCAACAUCCUCAUUGUUGCUGUACUCUUUGCAACCAUCUACGCCAUUUACAGGAUGAGAAAGACCAAGGAAAGGAAACCAAUUAGCUACCAAACUGUGGAAUCGAAAAAAGCCCAAGAAUUAAAAUCUGAAGGCAAGAUCAAAGCUGUCGUUACUGGAGGAAGUGGAACUCUUGGCAAACAGAUUGUUCGCUGCCUCAUAGAAGAUGGGAACUAUCUAAUCUACUCCCUCGACCUGUAUAUUCCAGCUGAAAAAGAUCGAAAUGACGAUGUGUACUCAUACAUUCAGGCCGAUAUCUUCGAUAUGGACAGUUUGAGAUCAGCACUGAAGGACGCUGAAGUUGUUUUCCACAAUGCCGGUCUUGUGCCCUCGUUCAUCGGUUUCACUUAUCAAAACUUUUUCGAUGUGAAUGUCACUGGAACAAAGAACGUCGUAGCAGCUUCUAAAGAAGUUGGAGUGAAGAGGCUAAUCUACACGAGCAGUAUUGCUACAAUGAUUAGCAGUGACCCUUCUCAAGUUGUGGAGAUGUUGGACGAAUCCACACCGUAUCCAGAACAAAAUCGAGAUGACUACGGGACUACGAAAGCAAUGGGCGAAAGACUCAGACGUUUACUGGUGCUCUGGGAAGGAAAGAAAUUGGCUGGGAGGACCCGAGAAGCUCAAAGGAAGUGA